AUGUGUCGCGACAUGCUCGAGCGCGCGGAGGAGUUGAAGAUACGAGGCGCGGACGUCCUGGAGGUGGGCGCGGGGUGCGGCGUCGCGGGCUUCCUCGCCGCGCGUCUCGGCGCCAAGUCGGUGACGUUCACGGAUUACCUCCCCGGCGUCCUCGCGAACCUCCGCGCGUCCGUCGCGAUCAACGAGGCGAACGCCCCGAUGAACGACCCCGAUCGAUCGUCGCCGUGCGCGUUCAGCGUGCGGCACCUCGAGUGGCUGAGCGCGGUGCCCGGUCUCGUUGAGAAGACGAAACGCGUCGGCGGCGGCGACGGCAGCGCGUGCGCGUUCGCCGACGCCGCCGCCGCCGCCGCCGCCGCCGCCGCGGACGCGCUCGAUCCGCGCGCGACGUUUAAGCUCAUCUUGGGCAGCGACGUGUGCUACGAGGACCCGCUGCCGCUCGCGCUCGCGAGGACGCUCAAGGCGCGGCUCGCGCCAGGCGGGCUCGCGUGGUUGGUGCUUCCGGUGCGCGACUGGCCGGGGGAGAAUGGGAUGACGACGAUCGAGCGGCUCCGCGACGAGUGCGUCGAGUCGGGGCUGCGCGCGGUCGUCGAGCGCGCGCCGGAUCUGGAGGAGCACGAGUACGACGGCGGGACGAUGGUGAAACACGACGGCGGAAUGGUCCACGUGUGGAUCAGAGCGUAGCGUAGGUACGGAAGAGGGACGUAGUCUAGUCGUAGAAUAGUCUUGCGGGAAAUAAAUGAAAAAAUUAAUAC